AUGGCACACUACUUAUCAAAUUUAAAUAACAGUGACAGAUAUGACGGCAGCCAGAAUUACCACUCCAACAAAGUUUUUAAUUCAAAAUUGGUUCUAUUAGGAGACACAUCCGUAGGAAAAUCAUGUAUCGUCGUAAGAUUUGCCAAGAAUGAGUUUUAUGAAUACCAGGAAUCUACUAUUGGUGCCGCAUUUAUGACACAGCUGAUUGACAUAGGAGAAUGCACAAUAAAGUUUGAAAUUUGGGACACUGCGGGGCAAGAAAGAUACAGAAGUUUGGCCCCCAUGUAUUAUCGAGGUGCAUCAGCAGCGGUCAUUGUAUAUGACAUAACAAACAAGAAGUCCUUCGAAGGUGCAAAGGGAUGGAUUCAUGAGCUAAAAUCUGUGCACUCAAAUGACAUUAUCAUAGCCCUGGCCGGAAACAAAAAUGAUUUGGAAAAAAACCGAGUGGUGGAUCGAGAACUUGCUGAAUCUUUCGCUAACAGCAAUAACAUUUUGUUCAUCGAGACGUCUGCGAAAACGGGACAAAACGUGAACGAGUUGUUUUUAAGGAUAGCUAAAAAGUUGCCACUACAGAAGAAGGAACAGGACAAAUUUUCUGGAAUUCAGAUUAACAACACUGAAGAAACCAAGAAAAAAUGCUGCUAA